ACCAUAAAUUUAUAAGCUGUCUUCUGAUGAUUAAUGCAGCAUGCUUCUGUUUUCUCUAACUGGUGAUGAUGUGGACAGUUAUAUUAAUUGUUCUCUUAAAUUUAGCAUUUGGAUCAGUGUCAGUCCUUUGCGCUGAUAGUUAUAGCAGACAUGAUUUUCCUUCUGAUUUUAUUUUUGGUUCAGGCACUUCAGCUUAUCAAGUGGAAGGAGCAGCUAGUGAGGAUGGCAGAACUCCGAGCGUUUGGGAUACAUUUACUCACCAGGGAUUUGUGAAUGGCGACACUGGAGAUGUAGCAGCGGAUGGUUAUCACAAAUACAAGGAAGAUGUUCAACUCAUGGUUGAAACUGGUUUGGAUGCAUAUAGAUUUUCAAUCUCAUGGCCCAGACUCAUCCCUAAUGGAAGAGGAGCUGUCAACCCAAAGGGCUUACAGUACUACAACAACCUCAUCAAUGAGCUUAUUCGUCAUGGCAUCCAACCACAUGUCACGUUAUUCCAUUAUGAUCACCCACAGGUACUUGAAGAUGAGUAUGGCGGAUGGCUUAGCCGAAAAAUAGUGAAAGAUUUCACAGAUUUUGCAGAUGUUUGUUUCAGAGAGUUUGGGGAUAGGGUCUCAUACUGGACUACUCUGAAUGAGCCUAAUGUUUACAUAAUUGGUGGUUAUGACACGGGAUUAUCUCCUCCCAGGCGUUGCUCUCCUCCAUUUGGUUCCAACUGCACCAAAGGCAACUCCUCAACAGAACCAUACUUGGUUGCUCAUCACAUCUUGAUGGCUCACGGUUCAGCUGUGAGACUGUAUAGGGAAAAGUAUCAGGGAAAGCAAGUUGGAUUUAUUGGGAUAAAUCUGCUUCUUUGUGUAUAUGUUCCUUCUACAAACUCAAAAGAUGAUGUGGUGGCGACUCAGAGAGCCAAAGACUUCUUUACUGGCCUGUUUAUGAAUCCUUUAUUAUUUGGAGAUUAUCCUGACACCGUAAAGAGAAACGCAGGGUUGAGACUGCCAGCUUUCUCCAAUUAUGAAUCCGAGCUGGUUAAGGGUUCAUUUGACUUUAUCGGUGUGAAUUACUAUUACAAAUUUACAGUCAAAGACAACUCGGACGCGUUGAUAUCUGAACAUAGAGAUUUUAUGGCUGAUAUCGCAAUAGAGAUGUCUCCAUUUGAGAUGACUACACCACUACCAGAGGUAGCAGCUAAACAAAAAAUGGACUUUGCAACAUUUUGGGUGUUUCAUCAGAUCUCUGACCACGCUUCUUCUUCCCCACAAUCCUUAAGGUCUUGGGGUCUGCAAUUUGUGCUAGAAGACUUCAAACAAGCUUAUGGAAAUCUCCCUAUUUAUAUUCAUGAAAAUGGUCAGAUGUCCCCCCAAAAUUCGUCAUUGGAAGACAUUUCUAGGGUGAAAUUUCUCCAUUCAAACAUUCGGAGUCUGCUUGAUGCUGUCAGGAAUGGAUCGAAUGUAAGAGGAUAUUUUACAUGGUCCUUCUUGGAUGUAUUUGAGCUCUCCGAUGGCUACAAGUCGAGCUAUGGAUUGCAUUAUGUUGAUCGAGAUGAUCCUGAAUUGAAGCGACACUGUAAGCUCUCUGCACAUUGGUUUCGUCACUUUUUGAAAGGAGGAAAUGUCAGUUCCGAUCAAGUUAUCCAACUUGCCAUAAGUUCACCUGUUUCUAAUUAUAACUUCUUCCAGUAGGUCAUUUUAGCUUCUAAAGCAUUUUAAAAAAGUUGUAUUACUUGAGGAUAAUUAUCUAAUAAUAGAGCUCAAGUAUGUGAUUGUUAUAAAUAACAUUAAAAGCAGGCGAAUUUUCCUAUUGCCCUCGGUAA